GACCCGCGAAACUCCCACUCUUCCACCGUUCCACGUCUCCUCUUCUCUCCCCAGCUUUGCCUCCUCCUCCUCCCCCUCCCUCCCCAAUGGCGAACCCCUCCCAGCCGCGCCGCCUCCUCGCCGCCAUCCUCACGGCAGCGCUCCUCCUCCCGCUCGUCCGCCCUGACUCCUCCUCCCUCACCACCGCGUACGACGAGCUCCGCCUCCGCGGGUUCCCCCGCGGCCUGCUCCCGUCCAACGUGCGGGGAUACACCCUCGACUCCGGGUCCGGGGACUUCGCCGUCGACCUAGACUCCAGCUGCCGCAUCGUGCUUCCCGCGGGGAACUACCUCGCCGCUUUCAACCACCGUCUCACGGGCCACCUCGGCGACCGCCGCAUCUCGGGCCUCAGCGGCAUCCAAGUCAAGGCAUUCUUCCGCUGGUGGUCCAUCACCGGUAUCCGCGCCGACGAGGACCAGCUCGUGUUUGAGGUCGGGUCGGUGUCCGCCAAGUUCCCCGCGCGGGAUUUCAACGCCAGCCUCGAAUGCCCCACCAAGGCUGCCUCGUAAGACAACAAGGUGAUCUCAGCUUGUUUCGUAAUAUGACAUCAACAAAGGGGAUUGGACGCCAAGCACUUGGUAUCUUAAUUUCAUGAUCUUCGUCGUAAUUAUGAUACAGUAUAUGCAUAAGCCUGGACUGAUAAAGCCUAUGGCCUUGCUACGCCAAGGAAUCUGAACCAUGAAAGUAGUUCCUGUUUCCUUGAGAUGACUCGACGUCGUAGUUUGGGAUUGGAAAGUUGUAUUUUGUCAGGUAAGGACUGUAGUAUCACUGUGCUAUGAUCAUUUGCAAAAGGUCUCUCGGUGAUAA